UUUAAAUUAUAUAUAUUUUACAUCAAAAAAAAUAUAUCAAUUAUUUGGAAAGAAAAGCUUUAAGAAGAAAAAAACCAAUUAUCAAUCUAACAUUAUCCAAGAUAUAUCUCUUUAAAAAGUCGUAGUGCUAAUCGUAAAAAUGCUUAUGUAAUAUUUGAAAGUCUUAACAGGAUAAAGUUGAUCCUCACAAUGAAAGAAAUGUCCACCAUUAAAUAAGUCAAACAAAAAUAAUUAUAAAUUUUAUCAAUAUGAAUACAAUUUUAGCAUCAUCAUUACCAACUAAAAAGUAUAUUGAUCCUGACUCAAUCUCUAUUCCAUUUCAUGAAAUUGCCCAUCAGAAUGUAACGGCUUUGUUAAAGAACGAAAAUAAUUGGGUGUUGAAAAAUUCAUUGAAUUCAAUGGGAUGGAGGGCUCGUAAGCACUAUUUUAAGGUAGUACAGAAACCACAUGCAUGUCAGAAACAUGGUCAUUUAUCAAAACUUGAAUCACAAGCAAGUACAUCAAGUUAUAAAGAAAACUCAAGUGAUAAUGAAUAUUUGCUGACUUGGACUGAAUUUGGUCAAGAUAAAUGUAUUAAUGAUAAGGAGUUGAAUAAUAUUUUAAAGGAUUUAGCAUCCAUUAAGCAUCCUCUAAUUUAUCCCAUCGAAUACAUUAAAUGUAAUGAGAAUGGAUGUCUCGUGAUUAUGAAAUUUCAUAAAGAUGGUAGCUUGAAAGAUUUAUUAUGUGGAUCUCAACCAUUAAACUCUUUUUCCACUAAAUAUGGUACUACGAAAAAUCGAAAACAAUUACCAAUGAAAGAUGUUGCUUUAUACAGUCGACAAAUAUUAGAAGGAAUCAAAUAUUUGAAUUCGUUUGGUUUGGCUUAUGGUCAUUUGACUACAGCUAAUAUUUUUAUUGAUAAUGGAAUUGCGAAAUUGAGUGCCAUUGAAAACUUUUUGCUUGGUGUUCCAUCAUUUUAUCGGCCAUUUAUUGUCCAGAAUAGUAAAAUAACUACAAUAGAGCAAGUUGAUCUUUUUAUUUUUGGACACGUUGUUUUUGAAAUGCAAUCAACAUAUUCCCUUCAAGAGCCAUUUGUUCGAGAAAUUACUGAUUGUCCCGUAGCUUUAAAAUCUUUUUUAGAGAUGUUAAUUACUAAGGAAUCCUUGAAAACAAGCUUUACUAUUGAACAAUUGUUAACGCAUAAAUUUUUUGGUGAAUUUGCGACUCAGAAGAGUAUUGAUGCUAUUCAUGAAAGUUUAAAAAAGGAGAUUUCAAUUGCAGAAAUUUCAGGGAAGAACUCAAUACAUAAUGCGAUUCAAAAGUUCGAAACAAGAUUGAAGGAUGAGCAGAAGCUGGUAAAAAGCCAAAAGAGGGUUGUAAGAGUACAGGAAAUGAUGACAAGCGAAGAGAAAAAGCAGACUAAGCAGAAGGUAUGUGUAAUCACUUUGGGCCGUUCACUUAUUACGUUACGCAAAAAACGACUUAUUUCACCCCCCCUCCCUUAUUACAAUAUGUUACAACUCCCCCCCCCCCCUCCCUCCCCCUGAACCUUCAUAAUUUAUUUUAUUUUGAAAAAAAAAUGUUUUUGGUGUGAAUUUUUAAACACCCCCCCUAUGUUACAUUUUGUUACAAUUUUUCACCCCCCCCCCCCCCAAGAUGCGAACGUAAUAAGUGAACGGCCCCUUAUACUUUUAUUGCAUUUUCAUUUCCAUUUAUGUUUAUUCAAGCUGAAAUCGCAAGCAUCUUUGCAAAAUGGACCAAUUAACUUCAAACUAAGCCUAUCUGAAUCUGAUAAUGCUGGUGAGUCAUCAUCAUCUCCCAUGAAAGACUCACAUUAAACAUUCUUUAGUUGUUUAACAUGUUUGAACGCAAAAAAAUUGUUAUAAAUCAUGUUAAUGUGCUAAAAAAAUUAAGUGUUUUAAAUAAAGAUGGUGUAUUACAUUCUUUUCUAAAAUAUAAAAAACUUAUGGCUUUAACAGUUUUUUCUUUUGGUCUUCAGGCAAUUUUUGAAUUUCUUCGUUGAUAAAUUGUUCCAUGUCACUUAAAGGUUGAAAGUAUAAAUGCACAGUUUGUGAUCCUAAAAACAUUGACAUUAAAGCUGCAAUAGAAAAUCGGCAAUAUUGACCUAAAGUAACACUCGUCGGAAGCAUCUUUUAGCUAGACUCGUUUAUACUUUUUAAUCUCUCUUCUAUAACUUUUUUGGCCUGUUUCCUCUUAUACGUAUCGUAAAAAUUUGUUCUGCCUACUCUCCAUUUGAUCAUUGAAAAUUCCAAAGUAGCACCCAAAAAAAAGAAUGCAGGCAAGAAUCUAUAGAGUCCAAUACUUUUUCCAGGCCACUUUUCUAUGAUUUUUGAAAGCAUUAAACUUAAAAAAAUUAUUUCCUUUUUUCAAUCAAAUCUAGUUGAAUUUAAGAGUUGCCUCUGUUGACAUUUUUUU